AUGGAAGAGAGCUGGACUUCAAAUACAGCUGUGUGCUGCACAAACUUGACUGCUCUGAAUACUAAACUCUGGUUCCUCUGCCAAUUCCAUGGGCAAGAAUUCCGGAGGCCUGAGUUGAAAUGUGCAGAUAAAUACUCAGUGCUGGAGUUCUUGGUGCCAAAGCACACAGAAUACUUACCUCUGCUAUGGAAAUCUUGGAAGAACAGAACUUCUGUUUUUAAUAUCUCUGAGGAUUUAGAGCAGUUCUUAGACGACUUAUUACCUUUCAUAAAACUGACUCCUACUUUAAAAGUCUCUUGGUGGCUUACCUAUAUUAAAAAGAGGAAAAGAAUACUUUUUGAUUCCACUGAGUUUUCUCUUCUCUAUUGA